CAGCUGCAGUUAGAAGUGGUCUUUAAAAAGAAUUACAUGAGCUUGGGGGAUGGGCUAAUUACGGGAUGAGGAGAAAACGAUAAACAGAGGUGUAACUAAAUAAACAUUGGUGAACAUUAUCCGGUUUCUGAGGAUGGGAGGGACUUGUUUCAGUUAUUCGAAUUGUCUGAAAAAUACUUUAACCGCAUUCAACUGACUUUCUUUAUGAAAGUUUGUGUUUUUUUUAUAAAUAAAUAUUCAGUGGACUCAGUGAAUUAAUUAGAGAGUGGAUUAGUAAUUAAUGAGUGGAUUAGUGCCUUUCAGGAUUCCGUCCCGAUGAAAUUUUGAUGGAGAAUUUUCUGAUAAGUUUUUUGGAUGCAAUGGCUAUAGACAAAGCCCAUGGGUGCAUUUACCAUGAAUUUAAAACCGUGCAAGACUGAAAUCGUGUUGAUCCACUCCAGUAAACCCAUCAGAUACUCUACGUGGGUGUAACAGUGGUGUCAAACAAAAUUAACAAUAGACAAUCACCAAUGAUCCUCCAACCCCCAAUUCUACGGGUUUGCAAUGGUGAUGACUGUCUCAAAGGAAAUUCUGUGAGUGAGAGAGUAUGAAAAUCAAUAGUGCCAGCUGUGAUAUAGAUUUCAUGUAGACACUCACCAAAAAUUGCUCAUGAGACCAGCAGCUAAUGCACCCCCAACGUGGCAGCUUUAUUUAUGUUUACUCCAGACUUUUUGAGUCAUUAUUUCUGGGAAAAUAAUCCCUUGUCUGGUGGUUAACCUCAUCACCAGACAUUCUCCAGAAAAUCCCGCCUUACAACUCGUUAAUAUCUCCACACAAUUGAUGAUUUCUCUCCUCUUGAGUACAUGAAACUGUUGGAUCAUCGCUGAAGUAACAGGGAGAACACAAUGAAAAGAAUUCCAGAGCCCUGGCACUGGGCACCUGGACACAUCUCCAGGAAUAAAUAGUAUAGAUCAACUUCAUCAGCUAUUCAGUCAAGAAUUCCAGAAAAAUGACUGAGAUGUUUGGCUCCCCCCGGGAGGCAGUGCGGGUCAAAGUGAAGAAAUGCGAGACCAGGCAUCAGCCAGAGUACAGGAAGUUCAGUGUUGAUCCACAGAUAACUUCCAUUGAAGUUCUCCAGAGCAUUCUUAUCAAAGCAUUUGAUAUUAAAGGGGAGUUUACUGUAUCAUACAGAGCUAUUGACGACUAUGGAUCAGAGACUUAUCUUUUUUUGUUAUCCGACUGGGACCUGGAUGCUGCCUUCAUAAGUGCAUCAGAGCCCUACCUGUACCUCCAGGUGAAUCUGAAACCCUUCGGCGAAUCUGGGGAUUGCGACUGCGACUGGGAAGAGCAGCAAUCCACCCAGGAGUUGCCAGUGCGUCAGCAAGAGACUGGAUUCCCCUACAAGACACCAAAGCUCCCAGGAUUGAUAAUGAAUAAAAUGGAGAGAACCCUGAGCCUCGUGCAAAGAGCUCUAGGAAAUCUGAGUGACGAGACCCAGCAGAGUGUCCAGUCAUCCACGCCAGGGCAGCCACCACCUCGUCCCCCACUGACAGACGCCGAAUUUCGGAGAUUCCUGGAUCCAAUUGGCCAGGUGAUCCAUUCAAAAGACCUCAGGGCUGUCAUCUAUUUCGGUGGGAUCGAGCCAAGCCUGAGAAAAGUUGUCUGGAAGCACAUCCUCAAUGUCUACCCCGAGGGCAUGUCAGGGCGCGAGAGGAUGGACUACAUGAAGCGAAAGGCCCAGGAGUAUCAGUCCCUCAGGGAAAAAUGGAGGGCUCUCGUCCAGAGGAAUCAGAAUAUUGGGGACUUGAGUUAUGUAACGAGCAUGGUGAGAAAAGACGUACUGAGAACAGACAGACACCACAAGUUCUACGGUGGCUCUGACGACAAUCAGAACACAGCAAGCCUCUUCAAUAUUCUCACAACAUACGCGUUGAAUCAUCCGAGUGUCUCCUACUGCCAGGGGAUGAGCGACUUGGCAUCACCAUUGCUCAUCACCAUGAGGGACGAGGCCCAGGCUUAUAUCUGCCUCUGUGCCCUCAUGAGACGACUCAAGGACAAUUUUAUGCUGGAUGGCAUCGCCAUGACCACCAAAUUUACACACCUCGCGGAGGGUCUCCAGCAUUACGAUCCCAACUUCUAUGCUUAUCUGAAGAGCCAUCAGGCUGACGACCUGUUGUUCUGUUAUCGAUGGCUUCUCCUUGAGAUGAAGAGGGAAUUUGCUCUUGAGGAUGCUCUCAGGAUGCUGGAGGUUCUCUGGGCAGCUCUUCCAGCAGCUCCUCCCAAGGGUGAACUCAUUCUUGCUGAGGUGCCCUUUCCUCCACCCUCACCACCGGUUUCUCCCCACAUCAAGCAUCUCAGGGAGAAUGCCUACACCAAGGUCUGUGCUAUCAGGAGGCAGAGCUCCUCGGCUUCUAUCGCCCAAGGCAGUGGUCACAGCUCUCUGAAUAAUUGUGGAAAAGAGAACAACACUCUGGUGAGGAAUCAGAAGAAUUCAGGGGAGGGAGAGAUGGACGAGAAGAGUGAGAGGAAUGAUAAGUCUGAAAAGACUGAGAGAACUGAAAGGACUAAUGGGGAAGAGGCUGGUGAAAAACACGAGAAAAAAUGCGCUAGGGUGGUGAAGAAUUUAAAUGAAUUUCUGAAUUUUACGAGCUUGAAUAGGAGCAAGGUGACACCUGCUGGGGACGAGAGGGAAUUGAGGAGGGCAGCUAGUGAGAGUGGAGUAGUCAGGGUUAUCAGGGACGAUAAUGGCUCACCUGAUGAUGCCACUGAUCAAGAUUUUUUUCCUAUGACAACGUCGAUGACGAGAGAACGCAGGCUGGAGCUGGAGUCGUUGGAUAGACAGGUGUUUGGACCAUCUUCUUCGGGGAGUCAGGGGGUACUGAAGAGAGAGGGAAGUCUUGAUGUUGUCGAGGGAGAGGCAGAGGUCGGGGGGAGUCCUGCAGCUGAUGUUUUUAUUUGGGAGAAUCCUCUGCACUCGUUGGGAGAUAAGAAGAUACCCACGAGUACUACUACUCCGGAUGAGGCUGCUGAUUUGGAAUUUGAUGGAGAGAUCUUAGAGGAUCAGAAUGGAGUCAAGUCGGUAACGCCUAUUAGAUUACUGAAACGUACUGCCAGAUCUAUCUCAGCUUCCGAUAGCGAGGGGGACAGUUGGCGUCAGAGUACAACUGAAUUCUCAGCUGUCAAUCCCUCAGGACAAGUCAUACAAGAGCAGUGUGAAGAGGCAACUGAAUUAACAGCAUUAAUACCAGCUGGCACAAAUGACGAACACUUCGUUCCUGGGGAUGCCUCUGUUCUUCCUCCACCCUCUGAAUUCGGUGGGGGAAAUCCAUUCCUCAUGUUUCUGUGUAUUACACUUUUACUUCAACAUCGUGAUUUUAUAAUGAGAAAUCAGAUGGACUACAACGAAAUGGCAAUGCACUUCGAUAAAAUGGUGCGACGUCACAACGUCGUUCGAGUGCUCAAUCAAGCGAGGCAGCUAUUUGCUGGAUAUCUGAGGAGGUACUCAGCCCCUGGACGACCGGAUUAUGUCAGUGUCUAGGUGCUGUUUACCACCAGUACUCCAUAAUCCAGUGCACUGGAUGGAUUUAAUGAUUUUUUUCGCAAAAUUGUAAACUGGAAUAAGUGAAUUUUUUCCAGAAUAGUUUUUUGCAGAUAUUUUUGAACUGGACGGAGUUAGAGAUAUUUUCAUGAAUACAUUUUUUGUAGCUCUCAUAUUUUUCUAUAAAAAAUGUAUCUACGAAAAUAUCGGUAUAUCUCUUUAAUUUUGAAUUAUUAGCUAAAAACUCAUUUCGAAACAAAUACACUUUUUUCAGUUGAUCAUUUUGCUAUUGAAAUAAGGAGUGACUAUUAAGUUAAGACUUCAGGACAAAAUUUCCUAUUUUCUCCCAUUCAUCUGGUUAUAAGUUUUUUUUUAGGAAAAUAAGAUGAACGAAAAACGCUAGAGUCGUUCAAUGAACUUGUAAAAUAUUUGCAGCUGAUGGUUGUCGUAAAAUUGGAUUGAAUAAGCGACAAUAAAGUGCAUUUAAUAAUUUAA